AUGGAAGGUUAUUCUGAAAUUAAUAUUCCGAAAGAAUCUUCACUUAAAUUAAACAAUUUUAAACGUUUCUCGGAUGGUAAUAAUCUAUGCUCUAAUCACUUAUUGUUUAGAAAAAUAAUGAAUAAUGACAUGAAUGGCCUUAAAAAGUUCAAAUGUAGCACAUCGAAUGAUUUAUUUAAGGGAGAUGUAAAUUUCUUAUUAAAAAUUAUAAACGCUAAACACAAUACUUACACUAUUUUAGACACAAUAAGGUUAAGCGAUUUAGUUGAAAAUUAUCGAAUUUUUGAAAACGUAGAAAUCGAUGAAGGAUCUAAUAAUUUUAAUUUACUACAUUUUUCCCCUAACAAUUAUACUGAAAAUAAAAUAUUUAAUAUUCAUGACUCGGUUUUGAUGGAUGGAUAUUCCUUUGGUAAGACAAUGAGUGAUAUUAUGCUUAUUUUGCAAUAUUUGCCUACAAGAGAAGCUAAUAGUCAAUUCUGUACUUUAUUCGAUUCUAAAGUUAAGCCACCAAUUUCUAUAAAAGAUUAUUUUGUGAGACUUUCUGAGUUUUUCCUAUGCAGCCCAUCUUUAUUCGUGUUAAUGUUCAUAUAUAUCAAAAGAAUAAUUGACAAUAAUCCUUCAUAUAUUUUUGAUUUGAAAAGCGCUCAUCGUCUAAUGCUAGCAACUUUGGUAAUUUCAGUUAAAUUAUAUGACGACAAGCUACUACCAAAUACCCACUAUGCACAUGUCGGAGGCGUUUCAGAAUCCGAAUUAUCUAGACUAGAGGUAGAUGCUCUACUACUUAUGGAUUUUAAAUUGAAAGUAACAUUAGAGGAGUUUGUCUUCUUUUCUUAUUCAUUAAGAUUAUUAGGAGAAGUAAUUAAAAGGCAUGGUAUAACUCUUGGAGAUUCAAAUACUAAUGUAAAUAGUACUUAUCGUGAAUAA